CCGAAGCACUACUCCCACUCCAAUAUAUUCUUAACCCAGCCAGUGUUUGGAUUACGUGUUGCUGGGUUUUGUUUUGUGCCGUCUUCUACUUUUUGCUUCAGUAUACUUUGUUUCUCUCUUUUCAGGUUAGGAAUUUCUUUUCAGAAUGGGAAGUUAUGUUGAUGAUGAUUGGGAGUUUGCUUCUUCCCCGUCCAAGGUUACUCGGACGGUGGUUUUGGUUGGACGCACCGGCAAUGGAAAGAGUGCCACCGGUAAUAGUAUUCUUGGAAGAAAGGUCUUCAUGUCGAGGGCAGGCUUAUCCGGUGUCACGUCCUCUUGCGAAAUGCAGACAUCGGAGCUGAGUGAUGGACCGAUCGUCAAUGUUAUUGACACUCCAGGAUUAUUUGAAUUUUCGGCUGCGGGUAAGUCUGAGUUUAUUGGAAAAGAAAUAGUCAAGUGUAUUAAAUUUGCUAAGGAUGGUAUCCAUGCCAUCCUUGUAGUGUUAUCCGUUAGAACAAGAUUUAGCGAGGAAGAAGAAAAUGCUCUGAGAAGCUUGCAAAAAUUAUUUGGAAGCAAGAUUGUUGAUUACAUGAUUGUUGUCUUCACGGGAGGAGAUGAAUUAGAAGAUAAUGAGGAGACACUCGACGGAUAUUUAGCCCGCGAAUGUCCGGAGCCUUUAAAGGAAAUACUUUCUUUGUGUGGGAAUCGCCGUGUUCUCUUUGACAACAAGACUAAGGAUAAAAAGAAGCGAUUUAGUCAAGUUCAACAACUUCUCGAGUUUGUAAACUCGGUAGUAUCGCAUAAUGGUGGACGUCCCUAUACGGAUGAACUAUUUACCGAACUAAAGAAAGGAGCAAUGAAACUUGAAAUCCAGCAAAAAGAAGUUGAUUCCUUAGAAGGAUACUCAGACGGGCAAAUCUCGGAGCUUAAGAAGCAUAUGCAACAAUCAUAUGAGGCCCAAUUAAAGCAAAUUACUGAGAUGAUUGAGUCAAAGUUGAUGGCGGCAACUACAAAGCUUGAGCAACAAUUGGCACAUGAGCAAGCUGCAAGACUAGAAGCAGAAAAAAGUGCAAAGGUAGCUCAAAAGAAAUCCGACGAAGAGAUAAAAAAACUAAGAGAGCAUCUUGAGAAGGCACACGAAGAACUCCGCAAACGCGGUGAUAAAGGUUGUGCCAUUCUAUGAUAGAGUGAGUGACUACUUCAAACAUUUUAAGAGUGGUUUAAUUUUUCUUCCGAAUCUUGACAUCUUGUUGCGUUUGUUAGUAUUUUGUGCAUAAAUACGAACUGCGACGUAGCAUUACUAUUGUGUUGUUUUCCAUUAUGGAUUGAAGAUCUUCUCUAUUUUGGCUUUCAA